GUCCCCUGCAGGCUGCAGGGAGAGGGGAGUGGCUGAGCCUCCCAGCAGGCAAGGGCUGCAGACUGUGCCGGAGGAACAUGGGGACAGACAAGAAUGGAUGCUGGGACAGCAGGGAUCCUGAUUCUUCUUCUUAUUUUUGUCCUGUGCUACUUGGUCUUGGAAAUUAACAGGAAAAGAGCCCAACUCCCUGCAGGACCAGCACCGUGGCCCAUUUUGGGGAACCUAUGGCAGACAGAUGUCUUCCCCCUGUCUAAGCAUUAUCCAAAGCUUAUCAAGAAAUAUGGACCAAUAUUCACUGUGUGGCUGGGAUCAAAGCCAGCCGUGGUGCUCUGUGGGUAUGAAGUGAUGAAAGAUGCUCUGGUGGGUCAUGCUGAAGAAUUUGGUGGGCGCCCUGAUAUACCCUUUCAACGGAAAUUGAUGAAACAAGAGAUUGACCCCAACAGCGAUUUGACAUGGCGAGAACUCCGCAGGUUCACACUCACUACCUUGCGGGAUUUUGGGAUGGGCAAGAGAACAAUGUCAGAGCGAAUACAGGAAGAGGCUCAUUUCCUGGUGGAGGCUGUGGCAGACAUGAAAGGGGAGGCUUUUGAGCCAAAAAUGACCCUCAUACAUGCUGUAUCCAAUGUGAUAUGUUCUGUUGUAUUUGGGAGCCGUUUCAACUACAAAGACAAAGCCUUCCUGGAGCUUUUGGACACUGUAACAAAUUACUUCAAUUAUUUUAACUCUCCCAUUGCAAGGCUGUACAGUACCUUUCCUGGCAUCCUGCAUUAUUUGCCUGGAGUACACAAUAGAGUCCUCACUGAGUGUGAGAAACUGAAGAACUUUAUCCAAGAAACGGUGGAAUUUCAUAAGCGUACUCUGGAUCCAGCCUCACCUCGUGAUUACAUCGACUGUUUCCUCAUAAAGUCAAAGAAGGAAAAGAGCACUCCCUGGAACAUAUACACUGAUAAGAACUUGAUCGGGUUGGUGUUCAGCCUCUUUGCUGCUGGGACAGCGACCACCAGCAGUAGCCUUCUCUUCUGCCUCUUGGUGUUGGUAAAGUUCCCACACAUUCAAGCUAAGAUCCGUCAAGAGAUCGAUGAGACACUCAGUGCAAACCAUGUCCCCAGCAUGGCGGACAGGGUGAGGCUGCCCUAUACCAACGCAGUAAUCCAUGAGGUGCAGCGCUACCAGCCUAUACACAACGAAAACUUCCCCCGAGAAAUGACUCAGGACACGGUGUUUUGGGGCCACACAAUCCCAAAGGGCACACCUGCUAUUCCACUGAUAGAUUCUGUGCACACUGAUCCAGUCCAGUGGGAGACUCCAAAACAGUUUAACCCGGGUCAUUUCUUGGAUGAGAAUGGACACUUCAGGAGAAGGGAGGCCUUCAUACCUUUCUCUGCAGGAAAGCGGGCAUGCCCAGGGGAAGGGCUAGCCCAGAUGGAGCUGUUUCUCUUCCUCACCAUCCUGCUUCAGAACUUCAUCUUCAAGGCAGCCACAGAAGACAAAGACAUGGACGUGGUGUCUCUGUGGAUGGGUUUGGAGGACAAGAAGUUGCACUACAAAUUCCAUGCUACCAGGCGCUCAGUAUCUUCCUAAGAGGGUAGGGAACAGGAAGUGAGUACAAGUCAGGUUCAUAAAGAGAAUUCAAAAUAUGCAAAGAAAUGCAGCAAAGUGAUGAAAAUGCUUAGCUCUGAAAUCUGCCAGGUUCUCCCUCUGUGACAUUAAUCUGUCUAUGUUUCAAUUUCUGCAAAAUGGGGAGGACAAUGCCAUUUUUAUCCCAUGCCAUGUCUGUUAUUUCUUUUGAGACUGUAAGUUGUAUUUGGCAGGCCUGUAUCUUUCUAUGUGCUUGCACAGCACCUGGCACAAUGGAGACUGACUUGGGUGAGGGUCUGUAAAUAUUCCUGCAAUAAAAAUACUUCUGAUCACUUGC